CUCGAGAGGCCCCACUAAUUAUUCAUAAAAGACCACCUAGAUCCGUCUUUCGAACGAGGUGCCUCUGCAAAGUCAAAGGCUGGAAGUUUUUCUUCGCUCAUUUCAUCUAACAUUAUUGCUAACACAUGUCUUGCACUUCAAGCUAAACAGUGGUCUAAACUAUGGAUCGGGGUCGUCACAAUGGAGCACUCCCGAGAUCCACGCCACCAAACCGACAUCAGCAUGCUCCGGUUCCGCUACGGCUCCAAGCAGGAGAGAGCUCUGGCCACCGAUUAAAGACGGCUUGUUCGAAUUGCAGACAGCAGAAAAUCAAGUGCCGGACGAACGAUGACUUAGUCACGCCUUGCGAACGAUGCGCGCGAAUGAGCCUCACAUGUGCAUACGAACCAAGACAUGUUAGAGGACGACGACAACGCGACAAGGAGGCUCUCGCGCGUGCGCCAAAACGAAUGCUAGUGGCGAAGUUGACUGGCGACGACAACCUUCGGACAUCUAUUGCUGCACGGUCAGCGUUAUCCGCUCUGCCCGCUCCCAGUCCGCUGGCUGCUGGCGAUUCCAUUCAUUCACGAUCGAGUCGGUCGCAAAAAAGCUCUGGUAUCACCUUUACCGACACUCCGAUUGCCCAUCCUUCUGUGGCAAUCAUAAGAUCUGAUCAGGAGCCUAGAUUAACCAGCUCUGGGACAGACGUGAUGCCGCCACCACCACAUCCACCACAUCUACAUCCACAAUACACCUAUCAGUCUUCAGCACAAACAUUGGCCCGGAGCGUCGACGGCCUUCAGCUUGACGCAGAUGUGAUUGACAACUUAUUCAGCAAAUACUUUCGAUGCUACCAUCCUUUUCUACCGUUGAUCGAUUCUUCUCUGAGACCAAAUGAUAUCUACGCGCAAUCGUCCUUUCUCUUCUGGUCUAUACUGGCUGUUGCUUCGCGACGGUGGCCAAAGGAUCCUGGCCUUAUGCCCGCGUUGAGAUCACGAGCGUUAACUCACGCAAUGACAUCAAUUUUCUCGCCAACAACGGGAACGAGUACGAUCACCGCGAUUCUGCUAUUGCUCAGUUGGAGCUUUCCUGAGACACAGACAUAUGAUGAGAUGCCGUAUGUGUUUUCCUCCGCUUUGUUGCACGCGGCAAUGAGGAUUGGGAUGAACAAUCCUGAAGCAACCCAAGACUACUCGCGCAUUAAACUGUCACUUUCAGAAGCCGAAUGCAAGCGAAGGUUCCAACUUUAUGCUCACUGCCUUGUACUGUAUCAGCGAUCAUCAUGCUGUAUGGGGAAUUCUUUUGGUCAGAUAAUGACACCUUUCUCUCAAAAUUCACAACAAUACAUGGCGGCACUGCCUUUACCUCUGCGUUUCCAAAUGGACGUCUCCGACAUCCUCGUACGUGCUUCUAUGGCCGUUGCAAAGAACGGCCUUGUCAUCUCAAGCCAAGUUCAAUGCUCUUCCUUCGACAGUCUACUACAAAAUUAUCUCGCAGAGCUUGCACUUUGCGAGUCGCGGCAGUCUGCGAAACUGUCGGCACUGGAGCUUCUAUACUUGAAGAUAUCUGAGCUCAUGUUGCACGCGUUCCAAUUCUUCAAAACUCCAGCUGACAAGCACCUGGAGAGUUGGCGUCCCGCAUUUGACUCUGCAUGCGCACUUGUCCAUCAGUUCAACGACUUAGUGAAGUCGAUGCAAAUUGAUCUUUACGGCACCUUCUACGUUUACCACGGUGUCCUCCUUGCUGCAUGCGUCAUCUUGCGUUGCUUGAAAACGCCCUUCGCGGAAUCGAUCGGUGAUUAUUAUUCCACAGCCCAGGCCCUACUCUUUUCCUCCAUCAAUAUCCAAAGAAACAUUUCUGUGGUCGAAGGAGACAAACCAGCGAAGAGUUCGUGGGGUUUGCAGAACUUAUGGAGGAGCAAUAGUGCGUUCAGGCAUAGCGACGGUAGCUGGAACCUCGACUUGAGAGUACGCAGCCGGUUUAGCAGCAGCGUUCUGUAUGACACCAUGUGGUGGGUUCGUGAAGAGUUCACGGGCCAAAGCGGCGCAUAUGCGAAGAAGAGUGUCCCACCACCACGUACGUCCUUUCUACGAAAAGGCCCGUCGCAUUCGAGCAUUUCUUGCCGACUAAAUCGUAUCUGUAGUCUCAACGCCAGCGUUUGAUAGUAACGAACCAGGCGCUUUCCUCACGUUAAGUGGGACCGACGUCUUCGCGCCGGAUCUAUUUGGCGACAUGGCGUUCACGCAGGACUGGGUAUUGAAUGACUGGGAGGUCAACACAACAGGUCUCGAACAGUCUUGAAUCCACUAUCAAUGUCUCUGAACACAAUUUCCGAAAACGGUGAUCAAUCAGCAUAAAGAUCUCGAUAAUCCUCUGGAGGGUGAUGACGAAAGUAAGGUUUCCGGGAUAGUAUUUUUUUUCCAGUGGAUUGUUUCUGGCAUUAUCAUUUUAGCGUGGCGUUGGCGGAACAUUUCCUACACGUUGUCAGGCAUUAGCACUGAAAUAGCAAUAGAAUUGUCGACGUCAAGCCCCAUGCGAGGGUGAAAAAG